GGAGGUUCUCUGCAUGAUGCAUUGUGCUGUAGGCCUACAUGCUUGCUACUGCUACUGCCCAGCAGCCUACAAGAGCAGAUACCGGCAUGCUCCGCGCACAUGGCCUUUGGCCACACAGCUACGCCUUACUCGUGUUAGUUGUUGCUACCUUGGCUCUUCCCCCUCCUGGAGAGACAUGCAUAGUGGCGCUAUACAUGUGGUGCGCAUACGUGGCGACGGGAGAGAAGCUGAUGCUGCCCCCCUCCUCUGGAGUAUAGAGUCGCAGUGAGUGGUAGGAUAUCUUUGGCCCCGUUAGUUGCUGUUUUCUGUUGUAUGCUUGAUUGGUUUGAUGGCCACUGCCUCUGCUCAAGCGAAGGUGGAGAGCAACUGCAUUGUAAUUCAUGCAAGAACGGGAUGGAUGGAGUGGACGAAGAGAAAGGAUGGGAUGGCCUUGUGCUUGAGUCUGAGCCGAGUGCGAGUAAUUGAGUGAGCAAGUGAGUGAGAGCGUUACCACUGCUUCGCUUCUGCCUUUGCGUCUGCCUUUGCGUCUGCCUCGACCUGCCGCUGCUUCCUGCUGGGUCCUCGUCUCUUGAACGACGACUCAUACUAUGUACAAUACUU